AUGGAUCGUGAAUAUUUGAAUGCGGACUUUUAUGCGGGCAACAAAUCCCGGCAACAAUACGCCCCUUGUUCUCAACCACAACCCUUCAUGAAACUACUCUCUCGGAUCCUACGAUUUUACGCCUUUCAAGUCGCCCUACACAUCUUCGAGGACGGGCCACUGACAUUGCCAGCCGCCCGAGCUUACGACCUCGUUGAAGAUUACAAGGGAUCAACCUUCUUCGAUAAGUGGGACUUCUAUGGGUCGUACGACAAUCUCACGAACGGCGAUGUGAUAUGGCAAGAUAGAGCCAACGCGACGUCGGACCAACUAGCGUUCGUGAACAGCGCCGGCAACGCAAUCAUCAAAGUCGAUAAUACAACGAAUGUCCCCUAUAAUAUCAAGAGAAAUUCCGUGAGGAUAACUACCCAGCAGGCGUUUGGAGUUGGCAGUCUUUUCAUCGCCGAUUUCAUCCACAUGCCGUACGGGUGCUCGGUAUGGCCCGCGUUCUGGACCAGAGGAUUAAGCUGGCCUGAAGGAGGAGAAAUCGAUAUUAUGGAAGGAGUCAACCUCAUGACUCAGAAUCAAAUGGCACUUCACACCCGUCAAGGCUGUAUGAACGUCGCACCUGCUGCGGGAGCCCAAACAGGCACCACAGGUACCCUAGACUGCUCACAGGGGGCAGGCUGCACGGUUCUUGAUAAUUCGACAAGCAGUUUUGGGGCAGGAUUCGCGCAGGCAGGAGGUGGGGUGUUUGCUGCGCAGUUCGACAUCAACGGCAUCUUUAUUUGGUUCUGGCCUCGCGCCAAUAUCCCUCAGUCCCUCCAACAAUCCACUUCGACAUCCCCCAUAAACUCACUCACCGAUUGGGGCGUUCCAGCGGCCAGCUAUCCGUCGACCACAUCGUGCAACAUUACCAAUUUCUUCGAUGCACAGUAUCUCGUCCUCGACGUCACACUCUGCGGAGAUUGGGCCGGUGUACCUUCGAUCUAUACUCCUCAAUGUGCGAAUCAAGGAACGACAGGGCUUUGCUACAACGAUAACGUUAUUGGGCCAGGUGAUCGAUACAACAACGCGUACUUCGAGAUUCAGUACGUUAGAGUCUACAGCACUGCGGCUGUCAUCAAUCCGGGUUCGUCGAGCAGCGGAGGUCCUAGCCCGACAAGCGGCGGCUCGGGAUCUAGUACGACGACGCAACCUAGUGGCUCAAUGCGUACAGUUGCAAGAGACAUUGCACCAUGGGUUUUGUGGGGCAUGCUCGUUGCUGUAUUGUAA